UUUAGCAUCAGCAUAUCAUUAUCAAUCAAGUGGGAAAAUAAACAAGGCACUCGAGAUAAUUCUCCUACACCGAUUGACUGGAAUUAUAUUUUCAUCGAGGAUUUCAUUCGCGCUUCUCCAAGGGGAUCCUUCCGCUGAGGAUUACUUUACACUGUAAAACGUUUUUGUUCUUGCUCUGUCAAAAACUCGUGCCUCGUAUGGACAAAUAGAGGGGCAGAAGGCAGACGCACCUACGAAAACGUUUCACUUCAUCCCCACUCACCUUGACUGUGACAUAACGGAAAGCUUUUUCAACAAAAUCACUUUCUCCAUGAGUGUUUGAGCCGGGCUACGGACUUGUGCAGCUUUCACUGCUUGUUGAAGGGCUGUCAACACAAUGGGACGCCUGUGUCUGCUCCUGGUUGUCACUCUCUCCUCACUCACCUGCCAGGUGUUGUGCUCCGGAAUGUUUGAGCUGAAGUUGCAGGAGUUUCUAAACAAGAAAGGGAUACAGGGGAACUCAAACUGCUGCCCCGGAGGCUCUGCUCAGAGCCAGCACCAGCAGUGUGAGUGCAAGACUUUCUUUCGGGUUUGUCUGAAGCACUACCAGGUCAAUGUCUCCCCCGAGCCUCCCUGCACAUACGGCGGGGCUGUGACACCCGUCCUCGGCUCCAACUCUUUCCAGGUGCCGGAGACAAACGCGGAAAGCUUCACCAACCCAAUCCGCUUCCCUUUCGGCUUCACAUGGCCGGGGACGUUUUCACUGAUCAUUGAAGCCCUGCACACUGACUCCCUGGACGACCUGGCAACAGACAAUCCUGAGCGACUGAUCAGCAGGACCACCACUCAGCGUCACCUCACUGUGGGAGAAGAAUGGUCCAAGGAUAUGCAGACAGGCGGAAGAACAGAGCUGCGUUACGCUUACCGUUUCCUGUGUGAUGAGCACUACUACGGUGACGGCUGCUCUGUCUUCUGCCGGCCCAGAGACGAUGCUUUUGGCCACUUCAGCUGCGGCGAGCGCGGGGAGAUCAUAUGCAACUCUGGCUGGAAGGGACACUACUGCACUGAACCGAUCUGUCUUCCUGGCUGUGAUGAGGAACAUGGCUUCUGUGAGAAACCCGGAGAGUGCAAGUGUCGCGUGGGUUUCAGUGGGCGUUACUGUGACGACUGUAUCCGUUACCCCGGCUGCCUCCAUGGAACCUGCCAACAGCCCUGGCAAUGUAACUGCCAGGAGGGAUGGGGCGGACUCUUCUGCAACCAGGAUCUGAACUACUGUACGCACCAUAAGCCCUGUCUAAAUGGAGCAACCUGUACCAACACGGGUCAGGGCAGCUACACAUGCUCCUGUCUGCCUGGAUACACCGGAGCCAGCUGUGAGAUUGAGGUCAACGAAUGUUCAGGAAACCCCUGUCGCAAUGGAGGCAGCUGCACUGACAUCGAUAACGGCUAUAAAUGCACCUGCCCACCUGGUUUCUAUGGAAUCAACUGUGAAUUAAGUGCCAACACUUGUGCCGAUGGGCCCUGCUUUAAUGGUGGGCGUUGUGCUGAUAAUCCUGAGGGUGGUUACUUCUGUCAGUGUCCUUUGGGAUACGCUGGCUUCAACUGCGAGAAGAAAAUCGACCACUGCUCCUCCAACCCCUGUUUGAAUGGGGCGGAAUGUGUGGAUCUGGUGAACUCCUACCUCUGUCAGUGUCUCGACGGGUUUUCAGGUCCUAACUGUGAGGACAGCAGCAGCAUCUCUGGAAACUGUCUGUCCUUCCCUUGUGAAAACGGAGCGACGUGUCAGGAAGGAGUGAAUGGCUACACCUGUAUCUGCCCUCCAGGAUAUACUGGUGAGAACUGCAGCUCCCCCAUCUCCCGCUGCCAUCACAACCCCUGCCACAAUGGAGCGACCUGCCAUGAGCGCGGCGGUCGCUACGUCUGCGCCUGUGUGCCGGGCUAUGGCGGCCACAACUGCCAGUUCCUGUUACCUGAGGUCCCCAAGGGUCAGCCGGUGGUGGACGGACCGGAUCGCCGUUAUUCUUCCCCAGACAGUGAAAAUGUUGAAAAUGAGGAGGAUGACGACAGCGGAUUCCCCUGGACGGCAGUGUGUGCGGGCAUCUUCCUCGUUCUGGUGAUCCUGAUCGGCUGCUCUGUGCUGGUGGUCUAUGUUCGGGUCAAGCUGCAGGACAGGCACAGUCACCAUGGCGACAGUGUCCACAGCGACAGCCACGAGACCAUGAACAACCUGACGACCACCAACAAUUGCCUCCGCAGCGACAAGGAAGUGGGCCCUAUGAUGACAACCUCGAUUAAAAACAACAACAAGAAGGCGGAUUACCAUUCGGACCUGGCCGGGUCAAUGGGGGGUCUGAGUGGGAUCAGUGGACUCAACGGAUCGGAGAAGAACGGCUUUAAGAGUCGCUACUCCAGCGUGGAGUAUAACCUGGUCCACGAGGUGCGGCCUGAAGAGCUGCCGCUGUGUAAAGAAGAGCAGCGUGAAGAGCCAGAGGUUAAAUGUGAGAUGCUGGAUGAGUCUGACUCAGAGGAACAAUGCACAAAGAGACAAUACAGCGAUGCAUCAGAAAUGAAACAAGUAGAAGAGUCACCGAGCUGCAGCGAAGCAAAAUAUCAGUCAUCCUGUGAACUGAACAAUCAUGCAGCAAGUGAUCUCAAAUACCAGUCCUGCAGUGACAUCAAAUACCAGUCAACCUGUGAUGUCAAAUACCAGUCCAACAGUGAUGUUGAAUACCACAAUCCCAGUGACAACAGGUACCAGUGUACCAACGACACCAAAUACCAGUCCGUCUACGUCAUGUCGGAGCAGAAAGAUGAAUGUAUCAUCGCUACAGAGGUAUGAUACCAGACCAGUUCCCUGUGGUCGGUCCACACACAGCCCUGAGCAGUAGAGCUCAACUUGUCUCUGGGAGGUUUUACUCCUGCUGUUUGCUGCUGUUCCCUGGGAUUUACCGGAGGACUUUGAGCCAAGGUGCUACUGAGCCAAUGCGUCAGAGUCAUUAUCGACUUGGCAAAGACUUAGUACUACAGUAGUACUACGGGUGAAUACUUGACGUUGUUGACCUGCAAUGGAUGUUAGGUCUAAUGCUGACUCAGUGCUUUGGACGAAGCACAAGUACAAACGUCGUAAAGAAGAUUUACUGCUCGUACGUGAAUGAACUAUGGAGUAUCGACUUGGAUGUUGACCGAUGAUAUUGUAGUACCUUUGGAGUACUGAUUGAAUGAACAGUGUAGUACCUUUGGAGUACUGAGAACUUUUGAAGUACUGUUGUACUACUGUUAUGUGUUGUGGUUUUACAAUUCAGUGUAAAAGCUGUUAUUGAUAUUGGACAGUUCAUGUUCUGUGCAGUGCUGCAGAGUGAUGCUAUGGUCACAAUAUGAGCGACAAAAGCAACAAUGUCUCCAAAUCACUGCUGAAGUGUUGCCCGAGCCCUAGUAGUUAGAAGUGUUGGUUUUCUUUCCAUGUUUAGAGGAAUGGAGAUGGUGAAAUAAAAACAUAUGAUUGGUUUAGGGCGUAACAAAUUUAAAAUUGAUCUGAUUAUUUGUAGCCUAAUGCUUUUCACUUUAAAACUUUAAAGUAUGAAGUUACAGCUGCUUUAAUGAUUCAAAUACAGUGGGACUUGUACGGCAGCUGUGCAUCUCUGACUCUGCAGCACUGACAGACAAUGUUGGCUGAGCUGGUUCUCAGCAGAAAAAUAGAGAACUGAAGACUCCAGUAGUGACUGCAGAUCGAUCCAACAUGGAUCCUGUUGGGCCAUACUGGCCCCCUGACCCCUGAAGGUUGUGAUACACAGGGCAAUGUUUUGGGCAGGGCAACUUAGGGAACACAGCAUUAGGCAUGAGAGAAACAUAUCAGACCAAACAUCAUUUUAUAAUACACUUUGGCAACACUGUUUCUAGAAACGUUCAUGCCACUGAAGCCACUUUGAAUUAACAUAAUGAAAGUGUAAUUAUCCAAUUGCAUUUUAUUUCUGGCAGCUCCUUUGGCCAAAAAUCAUUGACAAAAUAACUCUAAGUCAAAUUCUCUCUGGUGAUGUUGUGUUUCCAAGUAAGCCAAGCUAUAAAGAAUUAGUCUUAACUGCCAAGACCUCAUUGCACUAUGAAGGUGUGCGUGUGUGUGUGUGUAUGAGUGUACAGAAGAGGUGAUGAUACCUGUGUGUGGUGUCACAUGUAUGCACUGCCCACUCCCUUCACUCCCAGUCUUCCACUAUUAGCCAAUUGAAGGACACCUGCCUGCCGUUGGUUAGCAUCAUUUGUUUUUUAUUUUAUUUGUUAUCUAAAGAAAGAUGUAUUCUUUUAAUUUAAUUAUGUAAUUAUUUGUGUUCCAUUUUGUUGUGAUUUAUUUUGUUAAACCUGUUUUAAUUUAAGUUGUAUUGUUUUUAUUUGGCAGAUAAUGUAUGUAUGUAAGUAUGUAUGCAUGUAUGUAUGCGUUAGGCACUUGAGACCCCUGUGACUGUGUUGUAUUUAAGAAGAAAAAGUCGUGUGUACAGAGCCUGUCAUUUUUAUUACUGGAAAACAGCGCAAUAUUUUUCCAAAA